UCCCUGGUUAAAAAAGAGAAUUAAAAAGGACUAAAAAGAAUUAAUUUUUCAAAAUUUUUAAUCCUUUUUAAUACUGCCAAUCCUCUCUUAAAUGGCCACGUUACAUGGCUUAAUCCUUUUUAAUUCACUUUUUUAACCAGGGAUAAUUGAAGAGUAUUGGCCAUUUUUGGAAAGUAAAGUUGAUUGAGUUUCUUGUAACAAUCAUUGUUGACAGUAUAAAUUAAUAACAAUGGAACCUGUCAGCAUUAUUUAUUACGACGAUGACUACUUUGCGGCGGCCCGUAACCUAAUUCAUUACGGGAUUGCGGUACCGAGACUGUCGGAACGACAGAAAGAGCUGGCUGAAAAAAUAAUGAGGUUCGGCCGACAGCCGUUCCUCCAAGCAAGUAUCACGCCCGGUACAGCCGAAUGGAAGUUGGAGGUUGAGCUGAUGUUCCGCCAACAACUGACCCAGUGGAGACGACAAUGGGCUGAGCGCACGGUACCAGAGGGUUGUGCUCGCUGUACUGCCUGGGGGCACACAGCGCGCGAAUGUACAAACCCCCCGGCGCAGAUUAAGCCAUUCUGUGACGAGUGUGUUGGCUUCUUUGACACGGACAUAUGUCAUGGUCCCCAUGGGCGAGCGCGUUUAGCAGCGCGAGGGCGCUGUAUGGUGUGCUGUCGCGAGCGGGUAGUGGGCCAUCGUUGUCAGGGGUGUCGAAGAACCAUUUCAGAGCAAUUGUGGGCUCUUGAACGGCUUCCGAAGUUCACCUGGGAUCGAGCAGUCAUCCUCAAGUAUCGCUUGGACGAGUGGUGAACUAGCAUCAGGGGGUGUGCGGAGGUACCGCAUCGGACGGUUAUGCAGGCAUAACCGUGACGGCAGCUACGGUGCUGCAGCUGAGUUCCCCAAUUAUUAUUUAUUCAUUUAUACUUUCUUUAUAUUAUUAUUUAUUAUUAUUUCUUUUAUAUUCAUUAUCUGUUCGU